AAGUUCAUUGGUUUUCUUAAGCAAAUAAUAUAGUGGCAUCCAAUAAAUAAUCACGUAAAAAAACAAUUGUUAAAACAAUCCUAAUUCAGCCUCAAACAGCUUGUAAUAAUUGACACUGUCGGUUUCUCAACCACCUUCAAAUUAGGUUAGAAAACAUAAAAUGCCGAUUUAAAAAUAAAUAAUCGACCAACUUCAUCCACCACAAAAUAAUCAUGACUUUGGUAAGGGUGAUCAGACCGGUCCUCCGAUACUCCAGUGCCUUCGGUCCUCGUUCGCCCCUCGCACGCUUCAAGAGCACCAAAAACACGGGCGCGAUCACCACGUCGACGCACGGCGGUUCCGAAAUCGACGUGAACGUUAAACCUCUAGGCGAAAAAGUUAAGGAGACCACCAAGACUGCCUCGUACUUGGGUGUCAUAUUGCUGGGUGUAGGUGUAACCGGUUCGCUGUUCUAUGCCGUUUUUAACGAAUUGUUUUCAAGUAAAAGUCCGAAUAACGUGUACGCCAAGGCGUCGAAAAGAUGCAUUUCGGAUCCCAGAAUUGAGGAUAAAUUGGGACUGCCAAUAAUGGCUUAUGGGGAGGAGAGCAGGAGGGGCAGGCGACAGCAUGUCAGUCAUGUUGUUUAUGAGAAGGAGGGCAGGAAGCAUUUGAGGAUGAAAUUCUAUUUGAAGGGGUCUUUCACUAAGGGAACUGUGCACCUAGAAAUGGUUGAGAAUGACAGUGGAAACUAUGAAUACAGAUAUUUGUUUGUGGAAGUCGAGGACAUGUUUAAAAGUACUAUUGUACUGGAAGACAACACCAAGAAAGUGGAUGCUACACCAACAUUACAGUUGGAUUCCCUGCAAUUUUAAUUUUAAGUUAUUGAAACACAAUUAUAUUAAAAUAUUUUAUUUAA